GGUUUGCGAUGAUGAUGAUCAAUGAUGAUGUUCUUUUAGGGAAGAAUUUAAUUUGUUAAGAUAGCCGAUCAUACGUUAUAUCUUUUUUAUUUUCAAACAUACUUAGUUCAUCCGGGUAGUUUUACACGAACAACUUCUUAAAAGGAAACGCAGAGAGGACGCGUUUUAGUUCUUUUCUUUUCUUUUUCUUUUUUCACAAUCUUUGUCCCAGAAGCCUUAGCGGCAGAGGAAGCAAAAUGAAGUCGGCCAUGUCGUGUUAGGAGUCACGGAACGGACGACUGUGGUUCAGGGAGAACGGCUCACUUAUUUUUUGUUAUGCUGACGUCAAACAACGUUUCAUUUUAACACUCGACCUCACGUUGGACGAUAAACAUAAUAUUUAGAAGUAAGUGCUUUAGUUAACCCAGCGGAUAAAAAAUGAGCGGAGGAGGGACGCCGUACAUUGGCAGCAAAAUUAGCCUAAUCUCCAAGGCCGAGAUCCGCUAUGAAGGAGUUUUAUACACCAUCGACACCGAAAACUCGACAGUAGCUCUUGCUAAAGUUCGCUCUUUUGGCACUGAAGACCGGCCCACAGACCGGCCGAUACCGCCUCGGGAUGAAGUGUUUGAGUACAUCAUCUUCAGAGGAAGCGAUAUAAAAGAUUUAACAGUUUGUGAGCCGCCCAAAGCCACUAGCACUCUGCCUCAGGACCCUGCCAUAGUUCAAUCGUCUAUUGGAUCCAGCAGUGCAGCAUCGGCACCAUCAUUCCAGUCUGCUGGUUCCUAUGCCCCAUGGAGGGCUCCUGCUCCAUCCUACAGCCAGUUUGGCGUUACGCCCAUCGGAUCGCAGCAGUUUGGUUCUUCUGGAGGACGUGCCAGUCCUCCGCGGGACUCUUUGGCAAAAAGUGCCCCGGUGGAGCAGUCGGUACAGGCGCCCCCGUCAGCCGGCCCUGGUCAGCCUGCAGCCGCGACUCAGAGGAGUCAGACAGGAGUGACGGCCAAAGCCACCGGCUCCACCGCUGGCACCCAGAAACCCCCCGACCUCCUGGAGCAGAAAAAAGCUCCUGACGUUCCGAAGACAUCCCAGCCAGAUCAUGAACAGGGUGCUGUUGAAAAUCGCGAUCCCAACAGGCGUCAGAUUACCGGUGUUCAGUCUAACCGCCGAGGCCGGGGAAGAGGAAACCGCAGCAGGGGCAGAGUGAACAUGCGCAAAGAUGGCACCAUGAAGUUUGAUGAGGACUUUGACUUUGAAACUGCCAACGCCCAGUUUCACAAGGAUGAGAUUGACAAAGAGUUUCAAAACAAGCUGAAACUAAAAGAUGACAAACCUGACAAGGCGCUCAAUGGAGAGGAAACUGCUGACUCAGAGCAUCCAGCCAACGAGGGCGCCGCCGAGGAAGAGGAGGCUGCGAUAAACACGUGUUACUACGACAAGACCAAGUCGUUCUUUGAUAACCUGUCCAGUGAGGACCCAAGUAAAACGGGCCACGGCGGAUUUCCAAAGGAGCGCCGGUCAACCUGGGCAGAGGAGAGGCGAAUGAACGCCGAGACUUUCGGCAUCCCUCUCCGGCACCACCGUGGAAGAGGAGGUUUCCGUGGGCGGGGCUUCAUGGGGUCCCGCGGAGGCCGGGGGCGGCCGUCAAGCAGAGGGUUUUUCGGGCCGCCCCGGGGGGCCCCGCCUGGCUUCAGGGGCGGUUUCAGAGGUGGCAGAGGAGGCCGGGAUUUCUCUGAUUUUGAAUACAGGAAGGACAACAAGGUGGCCGCGUAGUGCAUCAGCGACGGAUCCACAGAGAAUUGUAGCCACUUGUCAUGAAAUUAUGUCCGUUGUUGAAAUUUCCUGUGGUCUGUACAUUUGACAGAAAGAAUGAAGACAUUAUCUGGACAUCAGCACCUCUGUGGACUGUUUGACAUCAGGGGACGAUUGGUCCCGCUCCCUUCUCUCAACACCGAGACUUUUAUAGUUUUCCUUCCUCCAGAAGUUUUGUUGAAAAAAAAAAAGAACAGAUCACAUGUAAAUACAAAGCUUUGGAGUAAUCGCGUACUUUUGCAGCAGUCGAAUUCCUUUCUUAUUAAAGCUGUCUUUGAUAUUAGGAGCCGUACGCGCUCUCAAACUGUGAGCAGAUCACGGUCGACGUGAUCCAUAGCUUUAUUCUUUUCCUUUCACACCUUUUUUGAUAUUUUUCGGCACCAAAUCUGUCACCGCUGCCUGUUGCACCGUGCGUUUUUUGUUUUUUUUUUUCUGCUCAGUUAGGUUGCCAUGUGUUCAGUGUUUUUACUUCUUUGAUAGUGUUUUUUUUUCCCUUCUUCUUUUAACAAGUAGUGAGGCUAAAAGAAUAAAUCAGAGCUGUUAAUUUGUAAAGAAUGAAUGUAAGACUAGCUCAAAGCAGCUAACAUUUUUCCCCAUUGACUUGAGUUCUGUGUUUUGCUUUGUUGGGUCGGACUUGAGCCGUCGGGCCGUACGAUGAGACUGAGGGCUGUCAAACGCCGCCAUCCACGUUCUUUGGCUUGGUGUGCGUCGCAAAGCUUCAGCUGUGCAGGGAUUUUAUUUGAGUGCAGCUUUUCUGGGACUGGCUGUGUUUACAUAGUCGAGGACGCAAGUCGAGGAAUAUUUUUUAUUUGUGUAGAUGAAGAAAAUUGUUUUUAAUAAUUACAGGGGGUUAGCGAAAGACACUUAAAACAAGUCCUAAUAACCUAAAUUUGCUGUUUUGCCAAAAAAAAAACACCAACAACUUUGCAAUAGAAGAAUCGUCAUUUAUAUUGUACGCUCUUUUGAUUUCAGUACUUUUCUUUUUUUUUAAAGGCGUCCCCUUGGGUUCUGUCUCGUCAUUAUAUCAACAGGCAGCAAAUUCCCGGCGCUAGAUGAAGCACUUGUGUUACAGAAGUUGUUUACUCAAGGUGGGGGAAACGUCAGAAACAAACUCAAACUGUAUUUUCUGAUCAGUUGUAGCUCCAUUUGUUGCGUUGUCUGUGUGAUCGUUCUCAGGAGUGAAUUUAUUUUUUUACCGACUCGUUAAAGGGACAAAAGCUGGAUGCGUUGCCAGUGUUUUCCAAGGAGGUUCUCGUUCAUUUUUAAAUCCAAUCCUCAGACUUUUUUAGGGAGUGCCUUGAGCAUGGCGGUAUGUUUCCCUUCUCCCCGUAUUUCUCCCUUUAAAUUAAAUGUUACAUUUUUGACAGAAGCACUGCUAGCACUACAAGGUGAAAAUAAAAGUGGUUAAGAUUGGCAGCGCAGGAAAAGUCUUAAAAAGGUUAUCGCACAAAACGGCUGGUGAAUGCACGAUAGCCUGUGGAUUUAAUGCUUUAUAUUGGCUUAACAGCAACCAGUAAGAUUUCAUUGAUCUAUUAAGAACUGACAUUUUUCAUGUUUGCUACUCCUUCCAGUCACUGGAAUCGUUUUCUUGGGAGAUCAUUAAAAUUGAGUUUUUACGAGAACAAUUACAAUAAAGAGUUGUACAAUUGA